UGAGCCAAAAUGGAGGGAAAGUUUCCCGCCAAAAAGUAGAAGCCUGAAGUAGAGUAGCCCUAAAAUCGGUUUUUCGGCCGCAGAGAGAAUGAGAAACUGACAAGUUCAGAGAAGUUGAGAGGACGAAAGGAAUUUAAUUUCAAGAAAUGGCCGGAAAUGCCGAGAACCCGCCGUCAACGCCCGACUCGCCGACGUCAGUGGGGUUCAACACGGAUCAGCUGCCGCACACGAGCCGCACAUCCGAGAACUUCUCAUCAUCGUCCGACGACGACGAGGCCGCCGUCGACCCGGAAAUCGUCCGGGAUGAGCCUGAAGAAGACGUCCUCCUUGAAGAGGAGGAGGGAGAGGAUCUCUUCCACGACAAUUUCCUGGAUGAUUAUCGGAGAAUGGAUGAGCACGACCAGUACGAGUCGUUGGGGCUUGAUGACUCGGUUGAGGACGAGAGGGAUUUGGAUCAGAUCAUGGCCGACCGCAGAGCCGCCGAAAUCGAGCUCGAUACCCGCGACGGCGUACAAACAACUCGCAAGCUCCCUCAUCUUCUCCAUGACCAAGAUACUGAUGAUGACAGCUACAGGCCUUCAAAGAGGGCGAGGGCUGAUUUCAGGCCUCCAAGAAGCUACGACGAUAAUGAUGGAAUGCAGAGUUCACCGGGAAGAUCACAGCGCGGAAACUCCAGAGAGGAUGUCCCAAUGACUGACCAGACUGAUGAUGAUGGCUAUGAGGAUGAUGAUGACCAAGAAGCCGAGUUUGAGAUGUAUCGUGUUCAGGGAACACUCAGGGAGUGGGUUACUAGAGAUGAAGUGCGAAGAUUUAUAGCCAAGAAGUUCAAAGAAUUUCUGCUCACCUUUGUGAAGAAGGGUUCUUCUGACAUUGAAUAUGUGCGCCUCAUUAAUGAGAUGGUAUUAGCCAAUAAGUGUAGUCUGGAGAUUGAUUACAAGCAAUUCAUCGGUACUCAUCCCAAUAUUGCCAUUUGGUUGGCUGAUGCUCCUCAGCCUGUCCUGGAAGUCAUGGAAGAUGUUGCCAAGAAUGUGGUGUUUAGUUUACACCCCAAUUACAAACGUAUCCAUCAAAAGAUCUACGUUAGGAUAACCAACUUACCUGUUUACGAUCAGAUUCGCAACAUUCGGCAGAUCCAUUUGAAUACCAUGAUUCGUAUUGGAGGCAUUGUGACCCGACGCUUUAGGGUCUUUCCCCAAUUGCACAAGUACGAUUGCAAUAAAUGUGGGGCAAUCUUGGGGCCAUUCUUUCAGAACUCUUAUUCAGAAGUUAAAGUUGGUUCUUGCCCUGAAUGCCAAUCAAAAGGACCGUUCAGUGUCAAUAUUGAGCAGACCAUAUACAGGAACUAUCAAAAGCUUACACUCCAAGAGAGCCCAGGAAUUGUGCCUGCAGGUCGGCUUCCAAGAUACAAGGAAGUGAUACUGUUGAAUGAUCUAAUUGAUUGUGCUCGUCCAGGGGAAGAGAUUGAGGUCACUGGCAUUUAUUCAAAUAAUUUUGACUUAUCUUUGAAUACAAAGAAUGGGUUUCCUGUAUUUGCCACUGUGGUUGAAGCAAAUUAUAUCACAAAGAAGCAAGACCUCUUUUCUGCUUACAAACUUACCCAGGAAGAUAAAGAUGAGAUUGAAAAGUUGUCUAAAGACCCAAGAAUAGGAGAAAGGAUUGUCAAGUCCAUUGCACCAUCAAUCUAUGGCCACGAGGACAUAAAGACUGCAAUAGCUCUUGCCAUGUUUGGAGGCCAAGAGAAAAAUGUUGAGGGAAAACACCGACUCCGAGGGGAUAUAAAUGUACUUCUACUAGGUGAUCCUGGCACGGCAAAAUCACAGUUUCUUAAGUAUGUUGAAAAGACUGGGCAGAGAGCUGUGUAUACUACUGGUAAAGGAGCAUCUGCUGUGGGACUCACAGCUGCUGUGCACAAGGAUCCUGUUACAAGGGAGUGGACCCUUGAAGGAGGAGCUCUUGUUCUUGCUGACAAGGGAAUAUGCCUUAUUGAUGAAUUUGACAAAAUGAAUGAUCAGGAUAGGGUGAGUAUUCAUGAAGCAAUGGAGCAACAAAGUAUUAGCAUAUCAAAAGCUGGGAUUGUCACUUCUCUCCAAGCACGCUGCUCUGUCAUUGCAGCUGCAAACCCUGUUGGUGGAAGAUAUGAUUCCUCUAAGACAUUUUCACAAAAUGUCGAGUUAACAGACCCCAUCAUCUCUCGUUUUGACAUCCUCUGUGUUGUUAAGGAUGUGGUUGACCCCGUCACUGAUGAAAUGCUUGCAAGGUUUGUUGUUGAUAGUCAUUUCAAGUCGCAAGCCAAGGGAGCUAACAUGGAUAAUAUGCCCUUAAGCAAUUCCGAAGAAGAUACCUCCGACAGCCCAAUGGAUCCAGAGAUACUUUCUCAAGAUAUGCUAAAGAAAUACUUAACUUAUGCCAAGUUAAAUGUAUUCCCAAGGUUGCAUGACGCUGAUCUGGAAAAGCUCACACUUGUUUAUGCUGAACUGCGGAGAGAAUCUUCACAUGGACAAGGAGUACCCAUAGCUGUAAGGCACAUAGAAUCAAUGAUUCGAAUGUCUGAAGCACAUGCAAGAAUGCACCUUAGACAGCAUGUAAUACAAGAAGAUGUGGAUAUGGCAAUUCGUGUAUUACUAGAUUCGUUUAUCUCUACCCAAAAAUUUGGGGUGCAGAAAGCUCUGCAAAAGAGCUUCAGAAAGUACAUGACUUUCAAGAAGGAUUACAACAAUGUGCUCCUCCAUUUACUCCGUCAGCUUGUGAAGGAUGCAAUUCACUUUGAAGAAAUUGUUUCUGGCUCUAGUUCAGCGCUCACCCAUAUCGAUGUCAGAGUUGGAGAUUUGCAGAGAAUGGCACAGGAGCAUGAGAUAUUUGAUCUAAAACCCUUCUUUACGAGUGCCCUUUUUUCAUCAGCCGGCUUUGUGUUGGAUGAACAGCAGGGAUUGAUUAGGCAUCACCUUCCAAGAUAAUGCAACAAAGUAUCGAUUUUGAAUCGGUUGAAAGAGUUUUUCAUGUUAGACGGAGACUGUAUUAGUAACUAUGAACCACAUAAUUUAGCAAUUAUAGAUAGAUUAUGGACAAUUUGCUUUGAAUGCUGCUACCUAGUCUCAUGUUCUUUACAAACAUUCUGCCUAGUACUGCAUUCCCGUCUACCCAA